CUACCGGAGCGAGGAGGCGCCGCGCUCCCAGCCUAGGCCGCAAGGGGCGGUCCGGGCACGACGCCUCUCGGCCGGGCGCAGGCGCCACCGUGAGCCCGCGGCGGAGGGCUACCCGCCCGGGGACGGGGCUCCAUGCGCUGCCAGGUCUCGGUGUUGUAUUUCGCCCGGAGCGCGGAGCUGGCAGGGCUGCGGAGUGAGACCCUCUCGGUGCCACGCGAGAUCACCGCGCUCCAGCUCUGGGAGGAGAUCGUCAAGUUGCACCCCAGGCUUGCUGUCAUCCGGGAUCAAGUAGUUUUUGCUGUUAGGCAGGAGUACGUGCUUCUUGGAGAUCAGCUCCUGGUCCUGCAGCCUGGAGACGAGGUUGCCAUCAUCCCACCAAUUAGCGGAGGAUGAAUCUACCGAAGUUCUGUUAAGUCCAGAGAUGUUAUUGCAGUUCUGUCCCUCCAUAUUGAUACUCUUUUGAGAGAGCAUAACUUGUUUUUCCUGCUGCAGAAAACAUUGACCAGAAACCACAAGUUAGUGCACCAGUAAAUGAUUAACGCAUAAACGGUAAAUGAAAGAAAAUUGCCAGAGAGCUUUUCUAGUGAGCUAUGGAUGAAAGCAAAGAUGUGCCAAAAGAUUUUAUCAAGCUCAAGUCUGAAAAGCUCUCUGUAGAUGAAGUGUCAGAGCUGGUCAUUUCACCAUGCUGUGGGGCAGUGUCUCUGUUCAUUGUGUGGUUCCAAUAACUGAAGCAAGUGUAAUUAUUGCAGUCUCCUCUCCACAUAGAGCAGAAUCCCUUGAAGCUGUAAUGUACUGCAUCAAUACCUUAAAAGCAUCCGUCCCAAUAUGGAAAAAGGACAGCCGCUGCUCCUUGCAUGCUUACACAUGUGCAGCCUCCAGACAGUGUGGGCCUUAUUAUCUAAGCAUAGCUGAGCAAAUUCAAAGUUGAAUUUUCCUUUGCUUUGGAGGCUGGAGGGAAGCCCUCUGCUAUUUGAAUGACAUUUGUACAGAAUCCUGAAUACACAGUUCUUGUAUGUCCUGGUUUCAGGACAUAACUAUCAAGUAAUUCUUUCUGGUUUUAGAAAAGAAAUAAAUACACAAACUUUGCCAUUUUUGGUAUUCAUUUUCCCAUGUUCAUGUUUGUUGUUACUAUGCAACUAAUUAGCAUACAAACUUCACAAAAAUAAAUGGCUAGCUUGCCUUGUAGUGGACUGUUUAUGAAUGAAGUAAAACCUGUGCAGUGCUUGCAUACUGGUGCUGUGCUCUUAUACAGAAAAAUAGUGAUAUUAAAACCGUUAAAUUAUACUCAGGCCCCUGUGACCAAGGGCAGUUCUUGUGUUGCACUAGUGUCUCUCUACUGCUGCAGCCUCCUGGAGUAUUUCUCCAGGGUGACCUUAAGUGCACCUUCUCCAUCAGCAAUGCAGCUGGGAAGGAGGGUGCAGAAAAGAAGGGAAAGAAUAAUUGUGUACUUCCCCGCAGUGACCAGCAACAAUGAAUGGAAGACAUGUUGUACUGAGUCACAGCUGAGUGUUACAAUGUGUGUACACUGCCAUGGUCAAAACAAUGAAAUGUCAUUUUGUGUCCCUAGCUGUGCAUGAGGCAAGUAGUGCUUUGUUCUGGAACAAUGAUGUAUCAGUCUUGUGUAACUUUGGGUUCUUCAGCUGGCAUCUAAAAGCGAACUGGAAAUACCCUUAGGAGGGGUGAUGUGCAUAAUCAGAGGUAAAAUGUAUCUCACUGAAAUUUUAAGUCCAUGCCUCGAGCUCAGUGUACUGGCUCCCUCUGUAGGGCUACUCUCUCUGCUAGGGUAUUAUUGUAAGACAGCAAAUUACUCUUAAGAUAGCUGCCUAAGGCUGUGUCUGGAGCGACCCAGAAGUGCUUCCAAAUUUCCAGGCCAGGGGAUGAAUCCCAGCUGUGUCUGACUGCGUGUCAGGGAAGGAUGCAGCUGCACAUGUCCUGGUUUCCAUACAUGCAGGACUAGGCUGCAGAUGAGGGGUAGCUUGUGUUCUGGUGAGGUCCACAAGUGAUAAGCAGCUGCAAAUCCAUAUAUAAUGAAUGCAGUCCUGGCUUUCUGGGAUGAGAGCUGUUUCUCUGCCUUGGCUAUGGGGGUUGGGAGGGGAGGGGUAAUCCCAACUUCUCUGGGUUUCUCCCAGGUGUGUCACAGUGUGCUGCAGAGGUGGUGGUGGCUCCAGAUGUAGACAGAUGUUCCAGAGACCAGAUGCUUAGGACCGGAGGAUCAUCCUGUGAUUCCUGUAGAGAUCUCCCAGAUGAGGGGUGUUUGUGGAAAGGAAGAGCAUGUCUUCAGAAUGAGAAUUUUUCCUUCUGAAGAGAAGUCUUGGUCUUUGCUGGCAACAUACGAAUGCACUGAUCCAUCCCUUUCUCUGGCAGAACGUCCAUAUCUCAACAUUGCUUAAUUUUAAGAAUUGCCUUUCCUGAUUUCGAUCUUUUAUUCUGCUCUGUUCUCAAGAGAAGCUCAGCCUGAUGCAUGCUAUGAAAACAGUUACUGAUGGAUGGUCAGGAAAUAAACAGGGAGGGUGACGGGAUUGUGUUAUGAGGAGCCUACCCAGGAGAUGGCAGCCGAGAGACGGCUGUGCGGGAGGAGCCGCUCCCAGCCUGCCCAGGUGCUGGCUCUGCUGGGAAAUAAAGGCGUUGGCUUCGGCUGUCACUCACCGAAGUGUCACUGUCGCACUCAGCAAUGAAGCCUUUAUAUUGCUCAGCUUCAAAUGAGAUUUUCGGCUUUUCCCUCACCUCGCUUUUCGCACAGCCGUUCAGAGAAUCUGUACUUUUAUAAACUAAUGCAUUCAUUUGCUCCAUCAAAAACAUUAAAGGAAAAAACUGCUAGAACUAAUUAUUAACAAAGUGAAACUGUGUGUGAAAGCAGAAAGUGCAACCCCUUCCCUCUUAAAAAGCUCUGGAAACACACUGGAGCUCUUCCAUUAAGUGUCCUGUGGAGGCACUUGAGGGAGAGUUAAGAAUAGGUUGAUGACUAUAAGUCAGAAAUUUGAGUACCUAAGGCCUGUCUUUAAAAACAAACUAGUCAAACCAACCAUACAAGUUCAUCUUAUCAAGUGGUACGAAUGUUCGCAUCCUAAUGCAGGUCUGUUUUAAAACUUCUAUUUUGACUGCUUUAAGAGAGACAAAUACCUUUUAAAGACUUAGUACAGCAAAGCCUGUGAUUGCAUAUUAAUAAUUGAUCACAAGUGAGGGCAGAAAUGUUGACUUACAAGAUAGAACUUGGCUAUUCUGAGGCUGUUAAAACUAUGUACACUUUAUUACCCCUAAACGCAAUAAAAAGUUACGGCAAUUA